UAGGACAUCCAUUUGUGUACACUUGGCACUGCUCCAUUGGAUAGUUCUACAAAAAAUGACGCGCAAAACGCAAAAGCAUAAUAGUUUUUGUAAAACACGAAAGGCCUGAAUAUAACCUUUUGGAGUUUCUACAAAAUUCUAUCCAAUUGCAGAGGUUUUUUUUUGGUUUAUCUUCAUCAAACCCUCCAUUUCAACCGACUGCAAUCCGCUUCCCGCGAUUCUUCAGAGGAUUGACCAGCUCAUUUUCAACUAUUCCGUACGUCUUCCAUCAAUGCUUUCCAAAACCUAGGGUUUCCAUUCAAUCACAUGUUAUCUGAUUUGAUACGUACACUUGUGAUGAGAAGAAGGGACACAGGUGUUUUCUGAGAAGAAGAACAAAACGAGUUUUGCAGAAUAGGAGAACUGAAAAGUAGACGCUAAAGGAAGGUGUCGCUCUGGUCAUUUUUGAGGUACAAGGUGUCGCUUGGGGAGUUGAGUAUUCGUAGAUCGUUUUUUUCAAACUUGAGUCGUUUCUGUCCAGUCUGCGUCGUUUCCGAUAUCCGACCCUGAGCGAUCGUUUCGGAAUUCCUACCGUGAGCCUCUUAUUGUUUCCUACUUAUAUGAACGACGCAGAUCAACAAAGAUAGGCGAUUCCGCGAUCUAACGAACUCACAUAGAAGAGGAACAAGAGAAUGUUGAGGCUGCAAACAUAUGCAGGGCUUAGCUUAAUAGCUACACUGGCUGUUAUUUAUCAUGCUUUCAACAGUCGAGGCCAAUUUUACCCAGCAACACUCUACUUAUCAACCUCGAAGAUUUGUUUAGUGAUUCUCCUUAACAUGGGUCUUGUCAUUAUGUGCAUUUUGUGGCAAUUAACUAAGAAAAUAUUCCUUGGUUCCCUUCGUGAGGCCGAGGUUGAGAGGCUAAAUGAACAGUCAUGGCGGGAAGUCAUGGAAAUACUUUUCGCCAUCACUAUCUUCCGACAAGACUUCUCAGUUUCAUUUCUUGCUAUGGUUACCGCCCUUCUACUUAUUAAGGCCUUGCAUUGGUUGGCUCAAAAGAGAGUUGAGUACAUCGAAACAACCCCGACGGUUCCGCUGCUGUCCCACUUUCGUAUUGUCUCCUUUAUGGGGUUUCUCCUGGUUAUAGAUAGUCUCUUCUUGUACAAUUCCAUCAGCUAUUUAAUGCAGACAAGACAGGCUUCAGUUUCUCUAUUCUUUUCGUUUGAGUACAUGAUUCUUGCAACAGCUACAGUUUCAACUUUUGUGAAAUAUGUAUUUUAUGUGAGUGACAUGCUUAUGGAAGGACAAUGGGAGGGAAAAGCUGUCUGUACAUUCUACUUGGAACUUAUUCGAGACUUGCUCCACUUGUCUAUGUACCUAUGCUUCUUCCUUGUGAUUUUUAUAAACUAUGGAGUACCCCUACACUUGAUUCGAGAGCUUUAUGAAACAUUUCGCAACUUCAAGAUUCGCAUUGCUGAUUACAUACGCUAUCGGAAGAUCACUUCAAAUAUGAAUGGUCGUUUUCCAGAUGCUACACCUGAAGAGCUCAAUGCAAGUGAUGCUACAUGCAUCAUUUGCCGAGAAGAGAUGACUAACGCAAAGAAACUUAUCUGUGGACAUCUUUUUCAUGUGCAUUGCCUCCGUUCAUGGUUGGAAAGGCAGCACACCUGUCCUACCUGCAGAGCACAAGUUGUACCUUCUGAAAAUAGUGAAGCAGGACCAACAGGAGCACAAGCUCUUUCUCAGCACGGAACAAGUGUUCAAAGUUCAUCCCAGGGUCCACAAGCUGGUGGUGAGAGAAAUGGCAAUAUUAACCAGCAUCAAGCUAGGGUACAAGCGGCCGUCGCUGCUGCUUCAAUAUAUGGAAAAUCUUAUGUUUAUACAUAUGCACCCAUACAGUCGUGGUCCCCUGGAUAUGCGCAUCCUCCCACCAAUAAACCUACAGAUGACUCUGUCAGUGUAAACUCAGGUGGUGAGAGUGCUUCCUCAAGUGAGCAUUCACAGCCACCACUUCAGUUUGCAAACCCAACAGGUUCUCAGUUUUCACAGUCUGCUUGUGUUGCCUUCCAACAUCCUGGCAGCAGCAGCUUGGACUCAUCCCGGAGAUCUAGUGGCAACCCAUCAACUAUUGAAGAUCCUCUACUUGAGGCUCAGAAGACACUCAUAGAACACCAGAUUAAGGUUUUGCAAAACCAACUCACGCUUUUACAGAACCCAAGAAAUGUUGAGAACAUGACUGCUGCCCCGGAAGCUUCGGAUGAAAAGGGAAAAGGCGUGUCGUCAUAGUCUUAGUUUUUUUUCUGGGUUCGAAUUUGUGAUAUUGUAGAUCUGCAAAUUGAUGACACUUCGUCUGUAUAUUUUGACCUUGUUCUUACCUAGGGAAUAUGAUGUAUUUUGUUGCUCUACAGAGAAAUGGUUGGGUAAAAUGUUUGCCUGCAUUGUGCAUGGAUGGAUUACGGAAAUGAAGUAAAAGCAUAGAAAGAUGAGUAAUAGAAUACUUACAAGCUUUUUUAUCGGCACACUUUUUUGGUGCU